UCUUUGAACGGUACCGGUUUGAUCUUGUACGCCGGGGGACGCUCCGGUGCCUUGCAGACGGGGUGAAGAUCAUGUCACCCUCGUCUGGCCUUGUACGCCGGGGGACGCUCCGGUGCCUUGGAGACGGGGUGAAGAUCACUUCACCCUCGUCUGGCUUUGUACGGUCGACCUUCUUGUACCAGCUGCGGCUGCCCAGAGACCCCCAAGCAUUAACAGGUCUCAUCGAGUCCAUCUUGUUGACGCACCAGCCGACUUGGGAUGAUUGUCAGCAGCUGUUACGGACUCUACUGACCACAGAAGAAGUCCAACGGGUGCUGAUGGAGGCCAGAAAGAAUGUCCUUCGGGCUGAUGGGCAGCCCACCCAACUUCCAAACGAAAUUGAUGAAGUGUUCCCCUUGUCCGACCUAAUUGGGACUUCAACACUCCAAAUGGGUCGACUUAGCUACAGACUGAGCCCGGCGAGCCAACCUUUAUUUGCUUUUGAAUGGAGAGAUCCGGAACAUGGAGUAAGUGGGCAACUGACUUGGACUCGAUUGCCACAAGGCUACAAAAAUUCCCCCACCAUCUUUGAUGAGGCCCUACAUCAAGACUUGGUGGCAUUCAGAUUAAAUAACCCCAAUCUGACUCUCCUCCAAUAUGUAGAUGAUCUCUUGCUGGCAGCACCUACCAGAGAGGCCUGCCUAGAAGGGACAAGGGCCCUGUUACGUGAAUUGGGAGCCCUAGGAUAUCGGGCAUCUGCCAAGAAAGCCCAGAUAUGCAGAGAGGAGGUAACCUACCUAGGAUAUGUCAUAAAGGGAGGAAAAAGAUGGUUAACUGAAGCCAGGAAAGCUGCGGUGGCGUCUAUACCAGUCCCAAGGAACUCCCGACAGGUACGUGAGUUUCUGGGAACGGCAGGAUUCUGCCGGCUGUGGAUACCUGGGUUUGCGGAGCUGGCCGCUCCCUUGUACAUGUUAACGAAGGAAAAAAACUCCUUCAUCUGGGGAAAAGAACAACAACGGGCUUUUGAUUGCAUUAAAGAGGCCCUCCUAACGGCACCGGCCCUGGGACUGCCUGAUGUCACAAAACCAUUCACACUGUAUGUGGAUAAGGCCAAAGGAAUUGCAAAAGGAGUAUUGACUCAGUCCCUAGGCCCUUGGAGACGACCGGUUGCCUACCUUUCAAAGAAACUAGAUCCAGUGGCCUCAGGGUGGCCCCCUUGCCUGCGCAUGGUAGCAGCUAUUGCGACCCUGCUCAGGGACGCAAACAAACUAACCCUGGGACAGAAAGUCACAAUAAUAGCUCCACAUGCUGUGGAGUCGGUUGUCCGCCAACCGCCAGACAGGUGGCUUUCAAACGCCCGCAUGACUCACUACCAGGCUUUGCUCUUAGCUCCUGAACGCAUUACUUUUGGACCAGUUGCUACGCUCAAUCCCGCUUCCCUAUUGCCGGAGCCGGGAACGGCCAAGGAUGCCCCCCAUGACUGCUCCCAGAUUCUGGCCGAAGUUCAUGGGACUCGUGAAGAUCUAACUGACCAGCCUCUACCAGACGCGGAGGUAACCUGGUUCACAGAUGGCAGCAGCUAUGUCACCGAAGGAACUCGGCGGGCAGGAGCAGCAGUGGUGAGUAACAAUGACUCCAUAGUCUGGGCCAGUGCCCUAGAGCCAGGGACGUCGGCCCAGCGAGCUGAACUAAUAGCCCUCACAAAGGCUCUAGAACUGGCGGCGGGAAAAGUAGCAAACAUCUAUACUGACAGUAGGUAUGCUUUUGCUACGGCCCAUGUGCACGGUGAGAUUUAUCGCAGAAGGGGCCUCUUAACUUCAGGAGGACGAGAAAUAAAGAACAAGCAAGAGAUAAUAAACCUCUUAAGGGCACUAUUCCUUCCAAAAAGACUGAGCAUUAUUCAUUGUCCGGGCCACCAAAAAGGAACAGAUCCAGUAGCUAGAGGAAAUAGACUGGCAGACCAGACUGCAAAAACUGUUGCCACUGAGCCAAUCUCAGCCCUACCCCUGGAAAUAAACUCAAAAAUGGGACCCGAAGAGACCAGGCAAAACACAGAUGACAUAGUCUGCAACUGGGGAGUUCCAUUUAAAUAUACUGAUAAUGACAGAGCUCUCAUUAAAAAACUCGAAGGGGAGUGGGAUGCUAAGUGCAAAGCAUGGAGAAAAGGAGACAAGGUCAUCCUGCCCUAUCGCAUAGCUACUGAAAUCAUUGAACACCUCCACCGCCUCACUCAUUUGAGCCGGAGAAAAAUGCACGCUCUACUUGCAAAUGAGAAAUGCCCGUUUAUAACUCCUGACCUGCAGUUUCUUACUCAAAUUACAGUGGACCAAUGCAAGCCUUGUGCCCAGGUAAACGCAGGGCGACUAAAACUCCCCCAAGGAGCCCGUGCCCGAGGACACCGACCGGGAAUACAAUGGGAAAUAGACUUUACUGAAGUAAAACCGGGACUGUAUGGUUAUAAAUAUCUCUUAGUUUUUGUAGACACCUUUUCAGGCUGGGUAGAAGCCUACCCCACGAAGAAUGAAACGGCCACGACAGUCGUUAAAAAACUCCUUGAAGAAAUUUUUCCCCGGUACGGAUUGCCGCAAGUAUUAGGGUCAGAUAACGGUCCCGCUUUCGCCUCCCAGGCGCAUCUCCAGGCUCUCAGAGCAGUGAGAGAGUACAUCUGGAAACCGCUUGCAGAGGCCUACAAGGACAAAGACAUUCCACCGUGCCCUCACCCGUUCAAGGAAGGAGACCAGGUGUAUGUCCGGAGACACCAGGCAAAAACCUUAGAACCACGGUGGAAAGGACCCUUUACUGUCCUACUGACUACUCCAACCGCCCUGAAAGUCGACGGAAUUGCCGCCUGGGUACAUGCCUCCCACGUGAAACACGCCAAGGAUCAGCCAGCAACAGGGACUACAGGGACUGACCAGGAACCAGAAUGGAAACUUCAACGAACCCCAAAUCCUCUAAAGAUAAGACUGACUCGUGCUUAAAAAUGUACUUUUUGACUUUGCUAUCUCUUCCAUGUUCAUUGUCAGAUUAUAACCCACAUACCCCCCAUAAAAUUACCUGGAAAAUCAGUAGUUUGAAAUAGG